GAAUGACGAUGCCUUCAACAUAAAACGUUAAAUUUAACGUAAACAACGAGUGUUUUUGUAGUUUGAGAAAAUUAUUGCAACUUUCGGAAAUGCGACUUCGAGGACUAUGGUUUCAUAGCAUAAUAAUAUUAAACGCUGUAGUAGUGCUAAGAAGUAUAACUAUUCGAGACAGGCAACUCUUUCCACAUACUAAAAUACCCAACGAUGCCUUGAAUCCACGAAGAGCAAUCGUGAGAAGGAAGAUAGUUCUUUAUCAUAAUUUUUUCCGCACUAAAGUACGUCCUAGUGCGUCUAAUAUGUUAUUAAUGUCAUGGCACCCAGUAGCAGCACGUCUCGCCCAGAAAUACGCGGAUAAGUGCAUAUUUCUCAAACACAAUGAUCCGAGCGAAAACGCAGUGCCUAAUCUCGGAAACUGUGGACAGAACCUCUUUGUCUCUUUGCAGAAGACUCCAUGGUUCUUCGCACUGAAAAAUUGGUUCCUUGAAUAUAAGAAGUUCAAGUAUGGAUAUCCUAUCAGAGAUCUACAUGCUGUGGGGCACUACACGCAGAUGGCUUGGGCUACUAGCCACAAAGUGGGCUGUGGAGUAGCCCAUUGCUCGGGCGGGCCCUGGGGGUCCUUCUAUAAUUAUGUCUGCCAUUAUUGUCCUGCUGGAAACUUUGAGACCAUAACACAAUAUCCUUACAAAAUUGGCUUACCCUGUGGCGAUUGCCCAAAUAACUGCAUCGGAGGCAAGCUUUGCACUAAUUGGUGUCUCCAAAAAGACCUAUUUUCCAACUGCGAUGAACUCGUGACGUAUCCGGACACCUGCAAACAAGGAGUGUGCAAUGCGACCUGUUCGUGUACUGGAAAAAUACAUAAAAACUAUCCAUGGAAAAAGUGAAAAUAAAAUUAUGCGGUUAUUGUUACUGCCAGUUUUAAGACUUAUUUAAUUAGGAUACUGUUAAAAAUUAUGUUAAAU